UCAUAUAACUUCAAUAUGAUUAAAAUAUUAAAUAACAGAAGUAUAAAAAAUAAAGCAGCGAAAUUUUUAAAAUAUAAUUACAAUGUUAGAUCUUUCGCAACAAAAAAUGAAGUCGUUACAUCAGCAGAUGUUGUUAUUAUCGGUGGUGGGAUAGCUGGAUGCAACACUUUAUAUCAGUUAACAAAACGAGGGGUCAGCGCUGUCCUACUGGAGAGGGCUAAGAUAACUAGUGGCACAACAUGGCAUACGGCAGGUUUGGUUUGGUCUCUCCGACCAUGCGACUUGGAGGUGCGGUUGUUACAGGAUUCAAGAGCAGUAUACAGCGGCUUAGAAAAAGAAACUGGUGACUACGCUGGUUGGAUCAAUAAUGGAGGAUUAUUUAUUUCACGUAGCACGGUCCGGACGCAAGAAUAUAUGAGAUUGCAUACACUCGGCAAAGCAAUGGGAAUACCUAGUCAAGUCUUAGAUCCUAAAGAAGCUCAGAAAUUGUUCCCAUUACUGGAUCCUUCUGUUUUCAAAAUGGCGCUAUACUCGCCAGAAGAUGGCACUAUCGACCCGGCCAUGGCUUGCAGCGCGCUUUUAAAAGCCGCCACUAAUAAUGGCGGGAAGGUGUAUGAAGAAUGUCCAGUAUUAGAUAUACAUUACGCUCACAACAUGCUGGGUAAUAAAGAGGUGACCGCAGUACAUACUGAUAAAGGCAUUAUCAAGACUAAAUGUGUUGUUAAUUGUGGAGGUGCGUGGGGUCCAAGAGUAGCAAGGUUUGCUGGUGUACCAUCGUUACCUAUAGUACCUUUCAAGCAUGCGUACGUGGUGUGUGACGGUACGCCUGAAAUCCGCGGUGCUCCGAAUAUUAGAGACCAUGAUGUUAACUUGUACAUCAAGGUACAAGGGGAGUCAUGUCACGUUGGGGGUUACGAACCGAACCCACAUAUGUUGGAUCAAGUCCCAGAUAAUCUUCAAUUUCAUUUAUAUGACUUAGAUUGGGAUGUAUUCGGUGUGCAUAUGAAUAGUGCGACGACUUUAUGUCCCAAACUAAGUACAAUCGGCGUCAAAAGUACGGUUUGCGGACCGGAAUCGUUCACUCCCGAUCACAAACCACUACUGGGCGAAGAUCCCAACGUCUUUGGAUUGUACCACAACUGCGGAUACAAUUCCGCAGGUAUGAUGUUUUCUGCAGGUUCCGCUAUCCAAAUGGCGGAAUGGAUCGUUACCGGAAGGCCGAAGUACAACAUGUUCACGUUCGACGUGCGUCGCUUCACUCCCGCGCAGUUGUCGCGGCCGCACUGGGUACGUGAGUGCAGCCACGAGUCGUAUGUACGUAACUACAGCGUGGUGUUCCCGCACGACGAGCGGCUGGCGGGCCGGGAUGCCAGCCAUGAUGCUCUGCAUCAGGACCUGGUGGAUGAUGGCGCGGUGAUGCAGGCCCGCGCUGGAUGGGAACGACCCGGCUUCUAUAUGCCCGGGGAGAAGAUCCGAGUGCAGCAGUACGACUGGGGCGGCACACAGGACUAUCCGCGCAAUCUAGACCAGCGCUACGAGCAUAUACUUCAAGGAGAUUACACCUUCGAUUUCUCCAAACAUCAUAAACUCAUCGGUGAAGAGGCACUGUCAUGUCGUAACGCGGCGGCGUUGUUCAACAUGUCGUACUACGGCAAGUUCUACCUGACGGGUCCGGAUGCCCAGCGCACGGCACAUCUCGCCUUCACUGCUGAUCUCACCAAGAAAGACGACAGGGUCGUUUAUUCCUUGCUGCUCAAUGACAAAGGUGGUGUGGAAGCUGAUGUCACCGUGAGCAUUCUCGAUGGCGGCAGCGGGCAGUUGCACGAGCCUAUAUUCAAAGGUCGUGGAUAUUACGUGGUGUCAUCAGGGUUCAGUGCGAACCACACACUCGCUCAUUUACGACGCAUCAUUCAAACACAUAAGCUGAGAGCGACCAUUACUGACGUCACCAAACAACUUUGCAUCCUCAGCGUACAAGGACCUGACAGCCAGAGAAUUCUCCAACGGUAUACUGACGCCGGUCUAUCGAAUGAUGCGUUCCCUGUGAACACUCAUCGUAGUAUCAACGUGUCCAAAGCACCUUUCUCUGCUGAUAACAAACAGUACAAAUGUCGCGCACUUCGUGUUGGCUGGUCUGGGGAACUGGGCUGGGAACUGCACAUGCCUUCAUCACAUGCCAUACAAAUAUACCAAGCACUAAAAACUGCUAAGGGGCUGAGGAAUGCUGGAUGGAGAGCGUUGACUUCUUUAAGUGCUGAGAAAGGUUAUCAUUUAUGGAAUGCCGACUUGAGAUCAGAUGAUAAUCCAAUAGAAGCUAACUUAGGUUUCGCCUGUAGGAAAGACGGUGAAUACAUCGGCAAUGAACAAGUAACGAAAGCAAGAAUAAACGGUGUAGCGAAAAAAUAUGCAUACUUCACACUUGAUGAUAAAGUAGCGUUAUAUGGUCAAGAAGGAAUAUUCAGAAAUGGUGAACCAGUGGGAUACUUGAGGAGAGGCGACUAUGCUUAUUAUCUCGACAAGCCUAUUGGAAUCGGUUAUGUGAGAAAUCAGGGUUCCGAAGUUACGAAAACCUUUUUGAAAGAAGGAAACUAUGAAAUAGAAGUUAUGGGAAAGAAAUAUAAGGCUACACUUCAUUUGAGGUCACCUUUUGAUCCUACUGGCCAAAGAUUACUUGGAAAUUACGGCGAACAAGGCAUGGAUGAAAAUACGCAUGAGCCGCAUGCCGGACAAAACGAGAGAGCAGGCGGUAGUGAAUAGUAUUUUACGUUUUUUUAGAUCUCAAUAAAAACAUUUCAAAUGCU